AAGGGGACGUCCAGACGAACUCCCACAUUGGUGUUCAUUCAUCCAAGUGGGAAUACUGGUUCAAGCCCAUGGGUAAAAAUCAGCGAAUCAUCACAUGUGUUCAUAUUCGAUUCCAUUGAUUCGCCAUAAUUCACCAUCAGCAGGGCAAAGUACUACUGGUGAAUACGAAAGCACAUGAACAGAGAUAUCAAGAAAAACAGACGAAUCUUGGAUUUGAUCCAUACCAGGUCCAUUCGUGGACAUUUAGAUGCAUCUAAUCCACAAUCCCUCUCCAAUUAUAGCAUUGCAUGCAGAGAGAGGCAGAUAUGGAUUAAAUAUAUAAAUGUGGAUCUAGAAGUCCACUGCUGUUACUUUGCACCACUGAUGGUCAUAAAUAUGGCAGAGAAUCUCAGUAAGCUUGGGAAGUACACGCUGCAUCUGCAGACCAUGCUGAGUGACAACUCGGCCAGCGAAUGGGCCGGAAAAAGACUCCCCAACCACACCCUCAAGUUCUCCAUUAAAGAAGGUGAAGCAGGAUCUUUUGUUAUAGGCAUAAUUUCCUCUCCUGUCCAUGUUGGAGUUCCCUUUAGUGUUCCUCUAGAUUUUAGGGAUGAGUUUGAUUAUCCCACCCAGCCACCCUGUGACAUUAAACCCCAGCUGGAAUGUAGUUCACUACAGCUAAGUUAUGAGGGAAUCGCAUUUGGGACCACUUGUGUCAUCAAAAAUGUGAGGGCCAUGGGAAAGAUCAGUCAUCAAAACAAGAUGUACACAGUGAAGGUGCACAUCCCAGGACUGAAGCAGGACAGUCAGUCUCUUCAAAUUCUAUUGCAACCUGGCCCUCCGCACACUCUCGUGGUGUUGCCAGACAGUGAUGUGCUCUCUGUUGAGAAUCGAACUCCAGCAAACUUCAGAGUUGAGGUUCACGAUGAGUACCAGAAUAUCACCACUCAGCCUAAACUCACUGUCCGCUGCCAGUUGCUGGGAGCCCCUGAUCUGCCCGUGGAUGUUGUGGACUGCAGUAACACCGGCUCUGGACUCCUGCUGACCAAACCACUUCUGCUGAAGACCGUAAACGCUGAGCAAAUCCUUACUGCUAAGUUCAACAUUCCUAACCACAGGACAGUGGCGUGCGUGGAACGCCAGCUCCGCGUCUUGCCCAGCUCACGAAUAUCCCGUUUGGAGAUCUACAGACAGGAAGAGGGCUCUGAUGAUCUCAUGGUGCUGCAGAACGCCGAGCGCAUUGAUUGGACGGCAGGAGACGCGCUAGGAAACCUGCGCUUCAGACUGUAUGAUGAGGGCAAUAGACUGGUUUCCCUUCGGCCAAAACUCACCAGCAUGAUUAAGGUGAAUUGGACAGCAGAUAUAAACGCAGAAGAGCUUUCUCAGGGAAAGCUGCCUCCUUUAAGUGUCCCGUCUCAAGCACAGAGAGAGCAUUUCUACCACGUGUCUUUCCACGACCAGCACACGGUCAACUUUUCCUUCAUCAUUGUGCCUCGUCCAGAUGAGCCUGAGCGUUUGCGGGUCAACCUCAGCGAGUCGACUGUGAAAAUGGGAGAAAUUCUGUCUGGAAACGUAUAUGUAGAACUUGUUGAUCAGUACGGGAAUAAAACGGACUGUCUGAACGCUGAUAUUGUGAAGACUUUGAGUGUGUCUGCUGAUGGUCUGGAUAAAUCAGCUCUGGCCGUUGAAUGGCAGGCCAGCAGUGGACGGUUGUCUGUAUGCCGGGUCCGGUUCGUAGGAGGAACUCCUGGCCCGAGGGAGUUGUGCUUUAAGUAUCAGGACAUGAUGGAAUUUGUGCGAAUCGAAGUCACCGCGGGACCUCCGGUACAGAUAAAGCUGCUGGAGAAGCCAGAGAUGCCUCUCCAGGUCGUGAAUGGCCAGGGCUUGGACGCUCCGCUGGUCGUGCAGCUGUGUGACGAAUGGGGAAAUCCUUCACCAGACCAGCGGAUUGAAAUCAUGAUGAAGGCUCUGAUGCCAAAGUUGAAGAUAAAGUCUUUAAUAUCUUCUCAGCCUGUGGAUUCAGAAGGAAAAGCUUGCUUCGUAUUAGAAACUAUAAGUGGUCCAAAAGGGGUGCAUCAGUUGCAGUUUCGGGGGACUUUUGGCAGGAAGGGGAUUCCUGGACCUGUAGUAAAAUUAAACUUGAUUCCUGACCCCAACAAACCCGUCGAACUCUCUAUUAAAUAUGACAGUGCUGCUAGCUUACGUGCAGGGGACAUUUUCCCAGUGUUUACAGUGAUCGUGAUUUCUGAGGAUGGCACACCGGUGAGAAACAUCUGCCCUGCAAACCUCUCGAUGCUGCUGUGGAAGGGCACGGUAUCAGGCUCCUAUCCACCCUCUACCGCCUCGACUCUGAAGUGUAGUAAACGCAAAGACACAGAAAACGACGACUGCUUCUGCUUCAGGGAUAAGCAGAUUCCAGAGCUUGCAGGACAGUAUGUUGUCCAGUUUGUGUUGGCUUUGGACGAAACCAAACAUCUGUGGAGCAAGCAGACUCCACUAAAUGUUGUUGCCAAUAAAGCGGUGAAAUUAGCCCCCGAGGCUCCAGCUUCAACUCCUGUUGUGUCCAAUAGUAGCAAUCGGACCAAUCGCACACUGCUGGACAGCUUAAAUCUGAAGAUCAUGGACCAAUACAGUAACGCUGCUGGUGAGGGUAUUGAUUCACCUAAACUGCAUACAUGCACUCCAAUUAAAACGAAGAACUUUAAAUGUUAAAUGGCUGUUAUUGUUUGUGUCCUGUAGGAUUUGGCACUUUUGGAGAACAGUCCCGGUGUGGAUGGAGCCGAGUACAUCCUUCAGUUCAGUGCUGAGAUUCAUCAGAAAAGUGUUGCCAUCGCUCCAUAUAUCCUGCCUCUCAGAUUCUGCAACGAUGCAGAAAAUCAGAAAGUCAUAGUGAGUCUCAGUAAGAAGAAAGAUCGCCUUUCGCAAACCGUUUUGAUGUACCAGGAAUUUUUCGAUACCAAUAAUCAACUAACAUCUGAACUUGAAUGUCAGGUGCGAGAUGCAACCCACAAAUUAAGCGAGCUCAAACCGGAGCUCAUGAAAUGUGGUUUAGUCGUCUCAGAACUAACCACUGUAUCCACAAUAGAGAAAGUCAUAAAUGACAAGAAAGCAAUUUUGACCAAGAUAGAGAAUCAGCCUCUGCGGAAAUGCGGCAUUUCUGACCCUUUCAAAGGCAGCCCACAGGUUCUGGGAAAGACACAUUUAUUCAGAGAGAUUAAACUGGCUGUUGUCUAUGGAAAGCCAUUUCCGCCACACAAGCCUCUGCCUCACAUCAGGAAUGGCUCCCCUCUCUUCCGUCCCAUUGGUAAUCCUGAGUUUGUAAAAGACAUGCUUAUUUUUCCUGAGCACGUAGAAAGCUGCAAUAAAGUUUUUGCAAGUCUUCUUGGAGACACCAUACUAAUUGAUGACUUGGAUUCUGCUAAUGAUUAUCGUCGGGGGGUGGUUCAGAAUAAGAUGCAGUGCCCCACGCUCUUAACGCGUCAGGGAGAGCGGAUUCGCAGCAACGGGAAGUUCGGAGGACUGCAGAACAAGGCUCCAUCCAUUGAGAAACUUCGAGGACAAGUGUUUGGAGCACCAUUACCCAAAGAGUACAACCGCAUACACCAUCAGAUGGAGUUACUGCAGCAGUGUCGUGUUGCAAUGCAGAAGGCCUCUGAGGUCCGGUCUGAGUAUAACAGUCAUUUGGAGCACCUGCAGAGUCCUGAGAUGAAACAGAAACAACAAGACCUCCAGCAGCAAGAGCAAGAGCUAAGGGAACUUGAGGAAACCCUUGCCAGCACUCCUACACGACUCUACGCUGUAAGAGUGAAAAGGAGCCUUGAGCCAGAAAUGCCCGAGCCCUCAGUCCCUUCUAAAAGAUCCCGGCGCAAAACACGCAAACUGGAUUCAUGAAGUUGCACGAGCUGACAGCUGAUGCCGUGCUUUUUUAUUAGGUUAAUCAGUGUCAACAAGUAUUUUGUUCAUUUGCAAAUCCUUUUUUUGUUCACUCUUUACAGAUUAUGAGUUGUCUGAUUGAAGCAGAAAGCAAAAACAAAAGUUCAAUAAUUGGACUGUGUCCAUAAUAUAUUUUGUAUCUUUCUUUGAGGAAAAAAAAAACGUUUUUACACUUGCAUCAGGUCUUGUCUUUUUUUUUUUUUUAAUUCAGCAAACCUUCCAGCAGUCACACUUUCACUGGAGCUCUGUUCAAGUGGGAUUGUUUUCUCAUCAUGUGUUUAGAAAGUUCAGUGUAUACUUUGGUUUUUGCACGCAUACAUUGUAGUGGAUGCAUACAGCUUACAAUAGCAUUUCAACAGAUACUCCGUUAAACCAUACGCAACAUAGUGAACAUUGAUUGCACUUUUCCACUCAAGUGUCUAAAUUCACUAAUCGUUUUCAUUCACUCCUUCAAGUGGACUAUUAUAGUGAUCUAAUAUGGGUAAUAAUUUAUUAAUUUAUCCAACUUAUUUUUCAGCACGACAGCUAUUCUUUACCAUAACAAACUGAUGUCCUUU